AUGUCCACGGUGGAAGGACACCGCCAGGAGAAGACGACAGAGGGGACUCUGGUCCAUGUAUCUGACUCCACUGGCCAUGCGCCGCCGUUGCCGGAGCAGGGCGAGGAUGAUGGCUCCGCGCAGAACACGACGUAUGAGAAGCUCCCCUUGAGCUACUACCUGACUCCCCAGUUUCUGGGAACGUUUCUGGCAAGAUCCCACAUACUCUCUGGUGUCCCUGCGUUCGGAAUCACCUGCAAUGCCGGCUACUUUGGCUGGACCCUCGCGUCAAACAGUCUCACCGCCAUCAACGAAGAACUCGGCCCCAGCGACAGCUACCUGUGGAUCUCGCUGAGCUACACCCUGACCGCGGCGGUGGCGUGCCUCCUCUUCGGUCGCCUGUCCGACAUCUUUGGUCGGCGCUGGUUCACCAUCGGAGGAAACAUUGUGGCUCUCGUCGGCGCCAUUGCUGGUGCAACCGCGCAGUCCAUCGGCGCCAUGAUCGUCUCCAACGUCCUCCUGGGAUUCUCGCAGCCUGUUCAACUCUCAUAUGCCACGGUCCUGCCAGAACUAGUGCCAUUCAAGUAUCGCGGGCUGACCAAUGCCUAUGCGUUGGCCGUCACCAUUCCCGGCGCGGCCUUUGGACCGGUCAUUGCAAAGGCGUUGAUCUCUCACACACACGCCACGUGGCGUUGGAGUUACUAUAUCCACAUCAUCGUCACCUCGGUCGGUCUCCUCUUGAUUGUGGUAUUCUACUUCCCGCCAAAGUUCUCCAUGCUCCAGGGGAAUAGAAAGAGGUGGAAUGUGGUCAAAACCCUCGAUGUGGGAGGCAUGCUCUUGUUCAUUGGCGGAAUGGUUGUUUUCUUGAUCGGUCUGAGCUGGGGAGGCGGGGCGUAUCCCUGGAGAUCGGCACAUGUCAUUGCUACCAUCGUCUGCGGAUUCCUGACCCUAGUUGCCCUGGUUGUGUAUGAGGCUUAUAUGCCCAAACACCCCUUGAUUCCUCUAAGCCUGCUCCGAAAUCGCCAGUUCCUCCUCUUCUUGGUCGCGGGCUGCUCUGGCGGGAUGAUUUACUAUUCCAUGGGAAUCAUGUGGCCUCUCAUUGUCUCGGAGCUUUUUACCACCGACUUAGUCACGCAGGGCUGGCUCGCCAUGUCUUCAUCUGGCGGGAACACACUGGGAAACGUCCUUUGUGGCCUGUUCUAUGUCAUGUUCCGUCGGAUCAAGUGGCAACUUCUGAUCGCCACGAUUGGCAUGACUGCCUUUAUCGGCGCCAUGGCAUCCACCACGCAAUACAGCCAGACCAAGAGUAUUGUCAUCUCCAUCAUUGGGACCAUAUUUGCUGGCUUCGUGGAAGGGAUCCCCACAAUUUCGGUGCCCUACACGACAAACGCCGAGGACAUUGGUCUGGCCGUUGGGGUUUUCCAGUCCAUACGCGUCUGUGCGGGAAGCAUUGCCAUUGACGUCUACACGUCCAUCUUAUCUUCUCGAACCGCGAGUCUCGAGGCAAAGAACAUCCCCAAGGCCGCGUUGGGGGCCGGACUCCCUGCGUCGUCGCUGCAAAGCCUCCUACAGGCGCUCGCUGCUGGUUCGCCUGCUGCACUCGCCACGGUGCCGGGCAUGAAUCCGGCCAUCGAAGCCGCGGUGGCCGCGGCGCAAAAGUCGUCCUUCUCUGGGGCCGUGAAGAUCGUGUUCCUCGUCACCAUCGCCUUCGGCAGCCUAGGAAUCCUGGCCACACUCUUCCUCCAAGAGAUUGACCACUUGUUCACAGACCAGGUCGCUCGUAAAUUGUACAACCCAAUCAAGAGGAAGACGGAGGAUUCGGCCGCCGAAGCAAUGGAGAAGGCGGUUGUGAUACAGGAAGAAAACCGUGUAGGCUAA